UGUUACUCUAUGUCAUUUGUCGAUCUUGUUUAGGUUAUAAAGUAACUAUGAGUAAUUGUAGAUUUUGAUUUAAAAUAAACUUAUUCAAAUUAUUAUUAUCUAGCGAACAAAACUCUCUUUCCAAAAUGUCUACAAUUUCAUCGGCCCCAGCUCCUGGGAUGCAUCAAAUUGAUCUAUCGAAACUAAAUCUUCACCAGUUGGCCAAAUUGAAACAGCAAUUAGAUCAAGAACUUAAUGUGUUUCAAGAUUCGUUACAAACUCUUAAAAUGGCACAAGGAAAAUUUGUAGAAUCCGGUGAGAGCGUUGAAAAAAUCAAGCCGGAAUCGAAAGGAAAGACCGUCCUGGUACCUCUAACAGGUUCGAUGUACGUCCCUGGUACUAUAGCUGACACUGACAACGUUAUAAUAGACAUUGGAACUGGAUACUAUGCACAAAAAGAUAUAGAAGGUGCUAAGGAUUACUUUAAACGAAAAGUAGAUUUUGUCACUGAACAAAUGGAAAAAAUUCAAGUAUUGGGUAUAGAAAAGUCAAAAGUACGAGAAGCAAUUUGCAUGAUGAUGGAGAUGAAAGUUCAAGCACAAGCGCAGGCUCAGAAGGCCUCUACAUCAUAACAUUAGCUAUCUAUAUUAUCUGCUUCACCUCAUAAUCCUUAGUUAAUCUUAACGCAAGCAAGUGCAGUACUUGGCCAUUACUCAUUAUUAUAAUUUAACCUUUUAAAUUGAGGCUUAUAACAAGCUUAUCAGCAAUAUUUGGAGCACCUGGCAAAAGGAAAACCUAAAGUAUAUGUUACAGUUUUUUAAAAUUAUCCUGUAUUACUUUAAAUGAUUAAACUAUUUAAUUACUGA